AUGUCCUGGCAAUUUAAGCUCGUCUCUAGCAUGCGGGCGUCUCCGUUUCGGGCGUGCAUUACCCGGCCGAAUGGGCUCCUACUUCGCCCGACCGCGCGCCCCGCGGGGGAUUUCUCCGUCUCAGUGCCUACCAUGACUCAAACCAAGCGCCUUAAUUCCAACAAAUGCCUCAACAUCGACAACAUCAACCCUCACAUCCGGGCUGCCAAGUAUGCCGUGCGCGGUGAGCUGGCCGUGAAGGCUGAGGAGUACCGUCAGCGUCUAACCGACGGCGACAAGGCCCUGCCCUUCGACAGCGUCAUUUUUGCCAACAUCGGAAACCCUCAGCAGCUCGACCAGAAACCCAUUACCUUCUUCCGUCAAGUUCUCAGUCUUGUAGAGAACCCGUUGCUGCUGGAGAACUCCGACGCCCUCAAGAGUUCCUUCGGAUACAACCAGGAUGUGAUCGACCGGGCGAGGACUCUCCUCGCCAAUGUGCAGAGUGUGGGUGCCUACAGUCACAGCCAGGGUGCACUGGGCAUUCGGAACAGCGUGGCCAAGUUCAUUGAGGAGCGUGAUGGAUUCCCUGCCGACCCCCAGGACCUUUUUCUGACUGCCGGUGCCUCCUCCGGUGUCAACACUCUGCUGAGUGUUAUCUGCAACAGCCCCAAUGCCGGUGUCCUGGUUCCCAUCCCCCAAUACCCUCUGUACACCGCUACCCUGGCUCUCCUCAACGCGCAGUGCGUUCCUUACUACCUGGAAGAGCAGCGGGCAUGGGGCACCGAUGUCAACGCCAUCUACCAAUCCAUCAAGGACGCCAAGGCCGCCGGCACCGACGUGCGCGCCGUCGUGGUGAUCAACCCCGGCAACCCAACCGGUGCCUCUCUGAGCGCCGACGAUAUCAAGCAGGUUAUUGACAUCGCCGCUGAGGAGCACCUGGUCAUCAUAGCCGACGAGGUCUACCAGACCAACGUCUUCGAGGGCGAGUUCGUCUCUAUCAAGAAGCGUCUCCGCCAGCUGCAGCAGGAACAGCCCGGCAAGUACGACGACGUGGAACUGGUUUCCAUGCACAGUACCUCCAAGGGCAUGGUCGGCGAGUGCGGCCACCGCGGCGGCUACUUCGAGUUGGUCGGGUUCGACCCCCUGGUGCAGGAGCAGAUCUACAAGCUCGUCAGUAUCGGACUGUGCCCGCCGGUCGUUGCGCAGUGCCUACUCGAGACUAUGGUCAACCCGCCCCGCCAGGGUGAGCCCAGCUACGAGCUGUACCAGAAGGAGUACAACGGUAUCCGCGACGGUUUGCGCAAGCGCGCCUUUGCCCUAUACGAUGCCUUCCAGCGUAUGGAGGGUGUCGAGUGCCAGAAGCCCCAGGGUUCCAUGUACCUCUUCCCCACAAUCAAGCUGCCCACCAAGGCCGUCGAGGCCGCCAAGGCUGAGGGCCGCGUCGCCGACGAGUUCUACUGUCUGCGCCUGCUGGAGGCUACCGGCGUUUGCGUCGUCCCUGGCUCGGGCUUCGGUCAGAAGGAGAACACCCUGCACUUCCGCACUACCUUCCUGGCCCCCGGCACUGACUGGGUUGAGCGCAUCGUGAAGUUCCACGCCGACUUCUUGCAGAAGUACCGGUAA